AUGUUUUUUCAUUAUUUAAAGGACCAUUUAGAAACAGAGCAGCAUCAGUACCAUAGUGGAAGAACACAGAAAGUUUCAUCUUUACCCAACACUACUCUAACUACUUUGAACAAGGAUGGACUACUCCAAGGUGGCUCUUCUUAUUGUUGUUCUCUCAUACAUUGAGGAGUGCUGGUCUGCUUCAUGUGUGGUGGACAGCUUCACAGUAAAACAGGAUUUUGACCCAAAGAGGUAUGCAGGGAAAUGGUAUGCCCUGCAAAAGAAGGACCCAGAGGGCUUGUUCCUUCAGGACAAUAUCUCUGCCGAGUACACUAUUGAUGAUGAGGGCACCAUGACUGCCUCCUCCAAGGGAAGAGUGAAGCUUUUUGGGUUCUGGGUGGUAUGCGCCGAUAUGGCUGCUCAGUACACAGUGCCUAACCCAGCAACUCCAGGCAAAAUGUUCAUGAACUAUCAGGGCCUGGCCAGCUACCUGUCCAGUGGAGGUGAUAACUACUGGAUUAUUGACACUGACUAUGACAACUAUGCUAUUACCUAUGCCUGCCGCUCUCUUAAGGAUGACGGAACAUGCGAUGAUGGGUAUUCCCUGAUCUUCUCUCGCAAUCCCCGUGGCCUUCCACCUGCCAUCCAGCGCAUUAUCCGCCAGAAACAGGAGGAGAUCUGCAUGGCUGGCCAAUUUGAGACUGUGCUGCAGUCUGGGGCUUGCUGAGAUGGAGAGGUACUCCCUUACUGAAAGAUGGAUCACUUUGGCAUGCAUGAGAAGUGGAGUCUCUGGAAUUGAAAUCAUGACCUUUGGAUAAUAAUGAUUAGGAAAAUAUUCUCGAAAUCAGAGAAAUGCUCAUUGGAAAAACAUUUUAAGGGAACAAACUGAUGUUUGUGACAUUAAAUGAUUUUCUAAAGAAA